AUGGGGGUGUCUCAGAGGCGGGCAUGCCAGGUGCUCACCCAGCCUAGAGCAACACAGAGGUACAUCCUGCAAAGGGACUUGGAGAGCGGGUCUCUGGUCGAGAGGAUCGUGGCAUUGGCUACCCGAUACGGUAGAUACGGGUAUCGGAGGGUCACGGCUAUCUUGAGGAAUGGAGGGUGGAAGGUGAACCACAAAAGGGUGGAACGGAUAUGGAGGGUGGAGGGGUUGAAGGUGCCCGGCAAACAGCCCAAGAAAGGUAGGCUAUGGCUGAACGAUGGGUCGUGCAUAAGGCUCAGGCCAGAGUACAGGGACCAUGUGUGGAGCUACGACGUCGUGGCUGACAGGACCUCAGAUGGGAAAGCCUUCCGUAUCCUCACCGUCAUAGACGAGCAUACCAGAGAGUGUUUGGCCAUGGUUGUGAAGCGGAGCAUCACAUCCCAAGAUGUCUUGGAGCGGCUCUACAUGCUGUUCCUGGUUAGGGGAGUCCCAGAGCACAUACGAUCAGACAACGGCCCAGAGUUCACCUUCCAGGGCAGUGAGAGGGUGGUUAUCAGAUCUUGGGGUGAAGGCCAUGUUCAUAGAGCCGGGCAGUCCUUGGGAGAACGGGUAUGUCGAGUCAUUCAACGGGAAGUUCAGGGAUGA